AUGGGUAAACCAAAAUAUGAUCCGCCUACACCGUCAUUCCCAUACAAAAUACCCAGGAGAUAUAACAUGUUAAGCGUUCCAAAGCGGUAUGUUGUAGACACCGGAGAAGGAUUACCAACGCUGUCGACCACAGGGGUGAGAAUAUCUGCACUGAAGGCUCAUAUAUCUGACAGGGUUAAUGACGCAUCAUGGCCAUAUAUACGACGGCUACUACACACAAAACGUGCUUACAAAAAUCGUUUUAGUGCCGAGCGUUUGGAACGCUUGGACCGUAUGAUAGAAGCCGCGAAUGCAACAAUGUAUUCAAAGCUUGCUAACUGCGUUCUCGACUUGAAGAAACACGAUAAUAAAGACGUAAAGAAAAAGAGAGGUUGGACAGAGAGUGAGUGGAAGAAACAUAUGGAUUAUAUCGGUCAGAUCGCCGGCCCUAAAAAAGAUUUUAGACCGCCGCCAUUAAAGAGAGGGCCACGGAAACCAAUUGAAGCUCUAUUGCCUCGUCUCAAUGAAAUUAGCGUCCCACCACAAUUCAAGGUGUACAAAAGGUUAUCUCAAGAAUCAAACUAUAGAGAUCCCGUUAAGGUACCACCAAACGCAUUAAAGUAUGUGAUAACAGACAGAGUGAAAAAGCUAGCUAUUCCGAGAGUUAUUCCGCAGCCCAUUACUUUUGAUUGA